AUGUCUAUCUUGCCAAUAAUUUAUUUAUCUUUUCUUGUUACCUCAGGAUCGUUUGCAGCUGCUUUUAAAAAUACCGGUGGCAAAGACAAUGUUCAUCAAGAAAUUAUGACCAUACAUAAUGGAGAUGACAUAGUUGGAGUAUCAUCCGUAGCUGGCGUCACCUCAAUGAACGGAAAAGUGUCAUCAGUUGGAGGAGUUAAAUUCUUCCCCGCACCUGGAAAGGGUGGCGGUAAAAACAGAGAUACAUUUACAUUCGCGUACCCAAUAAAUGGAAACAAAGGAAUGGCGGAAGGUUCCAUAUCGAUGAAUCCAGGAUCAGUAGUGGUAUCGUCAUCUUCUUACAAUACAAAGAUACCUGAACGCAACACUUGGCACCAACUCCAUCCAAUGUUUGAUCCAUUAAUGCAUUGGCCAACGAUAAACGACUUUAUCUUUCCACAUCACUUUGAUUUUGAUUCAACAUUUAUAGAUCCCUGGUUUCCUAAAACUAUGAUUGAUCGAAAUGUUCCAACAAAAUCAGUUUUGAGGAUGUACCCUAAUUUUAAUCCUUUUUUAAAUCUAUGGAGAUAG